GGCGAAAAACAAAAAGUUUGGGUAUCUGAAGAAAAAGCAAAAUCAGAGAGAGAGAGGGAGAGAAAAAAAAGCUUCAGAUCUAAUCUGAUCGGAGAUCUUCUUCUCAGUCGAACUGAAAAAAAAAUGUCGUCAACGUUUAGCGGUGAUGAAACGGCUCCCUUCUUUGGCUUCCUCGGCGCUGCUGCGGCCCUGGUUUUCUCCUGUAUGGGAGCCGCUUACGGCACGGCGAAGAGCGGGGUAGGAGUGGCGUCAAUGGGAGUGAUGAGGCCGGAAUUGGUGAUGAAGUCGAUUGUUCCGGUGGUUAUGGCGGGAGUUUUGGGUAUUUAUGGUUUGAUUAUUGCUGUGAUUAUUAGUACGGGGAUUAACCCGAAGGCUAAAUCUUAUUACCUCUUCGAUGGUUACGCCCAUCUCUCCUCUGGUCUUGCUUGCGGUCUCGCCGGUCUCUCUGCUGGCAUGGCUAUCGGCAUCGUUGGUGAUGCGGGCGUUAGGGCCAAUGCACAACAACCAAAGCUUUUUGUUGGGAUGAUUCUCAUUCUAAUUUUCGCGGAAGCACUUGCCCUUUAUGGACUUAUUGUUGGUAUUAUUCUCUCAUCCCGAGCUGGUCAGUCAAGAGCUGAUUAAGUGAAUGUUUUGCGCUUGGAAAUUGUGUAUUAUGUCUCUUCUUGUUCUUAUUUCUUGUUUUUUUGUAGUUCUCUGAUUAGAAAUGGUCAUGACCAAGUCUUUCUUUCUCAAAUAUUCUUGUUUUUGUUGUGUGAUUUCUGUACCACACGGAUCCUGUACUCGACAAGGAUUUGGAAUCAAUUAUUCUUCUCAAUAAACACAAAACAUUGUGACUGUUUAUUGUUCUGAA